UGAAUUUUUGGGAAUGAAUGUGGAGGCUGGGUGCGGGGAACUUCAACAGCUCGUGCAAGAGGAAGAGGGCGAGGAACCCCUCAGUCGUGGUGGAGAGGCAACUCCACCUUUGACACCUGCCAGGUCACACAGGACAAGUAAAGUUGAGGGAAAUGCCUCCCAGAAUUCUCAACAAGUUUUGUGGGGCAGCAAUGCCCAGACGUCUCCCAUCAUCAGCAAGGCGAGUUCUGGACAGGGGACUGCAAGUCAGGGCUCGAUGGUCUCGGGAAGGGCCCAGAAUUCAUCGGCUGGAUAUGGAGUCAAUCACGCUAGACAUGUUUAUCUGAAUGAGAAGGAAAAACACAAACCGACUAGACCAGAUCCACCGAGACGAGGACAACACAGAGUGGUCACAGCACCUCCAUGCAGGCAUCAUUGCUUUUUGUCAGAGGUACCUGAUGUUAGGAGAAUGGAACAAGCGCUAUUGCAGCUAUUGAAGGAUUUUCACAGUGGAAAUCUUCAAGCUUUUGGAAAAGACUGUACAAUGGAGCAGAUGAUAGAAAUUCGGGAGCAGCAGGAGAAACUCGCGAGAUUGCAUUUUGAAUUGGGCCAGCGUCAGGAUGGGGUUGGAAAUGAAACAGCAGGUUUGAGACAGUCCAGUGCCAACAUGCGGCAUCUUCUCCACAAGCUCCAGCAGCUGAGUGUCUGCAUAGAGAAACUCCACAGCAAAUAAAUUCCCUCUCGACAAAA